GCCAACUAAUAACAUUGAAUCAAAUUGAAAAUGAUCAAACUGUAUUCUGAAGAGACUACUUCUGCUCAACUCUGCUCCGCACUAUAUAAUCACCAUUUCCACCAUCCCUUCUUUUUGAAUCCUUCAAUUUCUCCCUUCUCUGCAUUGUAUAAGUUUAACAAUUGACAAGUCAUAAUGGGUAAGGAGAAGAUUCACAUCAGCUUGGUGGUCAUUGGCCAUGUUGACUCUGGUAAGUCAACCACUACUGGUCAUUUGAUCUAUAAGCUUGGUGGUAUUGACAAGCGUGUGAUCGAGAGAUUCGAGAAGGAAGCUGCUGAGAUGAACAAGAGGUCCUUCAAGUAUGCCUGGGUUCUUGACAAACUAAAGGCAGAGCGUGAGCGUGGUAUUACCAUUGAUAUUGCGUUGUGGAAGUUUGAGACCAACAAGUACUACUGCACUGUUAUUGAUGCCCCAGGACACAGAGACUUUAUCAAGAACAUGAUUACUGGUACUUCCCAGGCUGAUUGUGCUAUCCUCAUUAUUGACUCCAUCAAUGGAGGUUUUGAGGCUGGUAUUUCCAAGGAUGGUCAGACCCGUGAGCAUGCCCUUCUUGCCUUCACUCUUGGUGUCAGGCAAAUGAUUUGCUGCUGUAACAAGAUGGACGCCACUACACCCAAGUACUCGAAGUCUAGGUAUGAUGAAAUCGUUAAGGAAGUCUCGUCGUACCUCAAGAGGGUUGGUUACAACCCAGUCAAAGUCCCAUUUGUUCCCAUUUCUGGGUUUGAGGGUGACAACAUGAUUGAGAGGUCCACCAACCUUGACUGGUACAAGGGACCAACCCUCCUUGAGGCCCUUGACUUGAUCAAUGAGCCAAAGAGACCCUCAGACAAGCCCCUCCGUCUUCCACUCCAGGAUGUCUACAAGAUUGGAGGUAUUGGAACUGUACCGGUUGGACGUGUUGAAACUGGUGUUUUGAAGCCCGGUAUGCUUGUUACCUUCGGUCCUACUGGACUGACUACUGAAGUUAAAUCAGUUGAGAUGCACCACGAGUCCCUUCCAGAGGCUCUUCCCGGUGACAAUGUUGGUUUCAAUGUCAAGAAUGUUUCUAUCAAGGAAAUCAAGCGUGGAUACGUGGCUUCAGACUCAAAGAAUGACCCUGCUAAGGAGGCAGCUAACUUUACUGCCCAGGUCAUCAUCAUGAACCACCCUGCACAGAUCGGAAAUGGUUACAGCCCAGUGCUGGACUGCCACACCUGUCACAUUGCUGUUAAGUUUUCUGAGCUUCUGAGCAAGAUUGAUAGGCGGUCUGGUAAGGAGAUCGAGAAGGACCCUAAGUUCUUGAAGAAUGCUGAUGCUGGUAUUGUGAAAAUGGUUCCCACUAAGCCAAUGGUGGUGGAGACUUUCGCAGAGUACCCACCCCUUGGUCGUUUUGCUGUGAGGGACAUGAGGCAGACUGUUGCUGUUGGUGUCAUCAAGAGUGUCGAGAAGAAGGAUCCAACUGGUGCCAAGGUUACCAAGGCCGCCCUGAAGAAGAAAUGAACCGCUUCUGAGUUGAUCGUCUCAGUUAAUGGUGUCUUUAUGCUAUGCUUGUGUCGUUGUUUUGUGCAUUGUAGGCUUGCCUCAAAACCAAUAUCUUGGACCUGUUCACAGAAUUGGGUACUUGAUCGUCGGUGGUGAGGUUUUGAUCUACAAUGCCAGUCUUUUUUAUGUUGUUUACAUGUAAGGGAAAACUACAAUAGGAUAUCCUUUUACCAGGGGAAUCCAUAACGAAUUUGACUGUAAUUGGAAUUAUGCUUCCUGCUACUACAAUUAUCGAUAUAUAUGAAUAAAAAGAGACGAUCAAGGUCAUGUUUU